CACACAUACAUCGCUAUGCCGAAAACUGCUAGAAUUUAUUUCAGCAUAAUGGCGAUUUCUUUUUGACAAUUGGCCCUUCUAUUGGCGCACGUGUUUUCCUACGCACCGUUUAAGAAAAUUUUAAUAAAAGAGAUGAAUCCAGAAAAAUUAAAAAAGUUACAAGCCCAUGUGCGUAUUGGUGGAAAGGGUACCCCUCGUCGUAAGAAGAAGAUUGUUCACUCCACCCCGGCAACCGAUGACAAGAAGUUGCAGUCAUCACUCAAAAAAUUGUCGGUCAACACAAUACCUGGAAUUGAAGAAGUUAAUAUAAUUAAAAAUGAUGGAACUGUCAUUCACUUCAACAACCCAAAAGCCCAGGCAUCACUUCCUACGAACACGUUCGCUAUUACUGGACAUGGGGAAAAUAAGUCUAUUUCGGAAAUGUUACCAGGAAUUUUAACACAGUUGGGUCCACAGGACAUCACGCAAUUAAAAAAGAUUGCUACAGAGUUCGCAAACAAAGGUGCUGCUGCGUCAGGUGCUGCAUUAGCUAGCGUAUCAGCAGCUGCAGCUGAUGACGAUGUUCCGGAUUUAGUACAGAACUUUGAAGAAGUGGCAAUUGGUGGUGCAUCCCCUAAUGCAAAAGCUGUAGACACAAGCACAACAGAUUCCACACAAAGUCAUGAGGAGGUUCCUGUUGCCUAAGCCAGUUUUUUACGAUCGAAUCUUUAGAAUUAGCGGUACCGACAUAUGCAAGCAACAUCUACUCAUAAAACUACACAUACAUAGCGUGGGAAAAAGGGAAAACGUUUAUUUUAUCGGUUAGACGUCUCCGUUUAGAUUUGAGUUCUGAAAAGGGUUGCAGUUAACACGAAAAACACCACAUAAAGCUUAACAGAGAAAAACUAUACAUACUGUGAAUCAAUUAAAUACGGAAUAGAAUUGUUUAUCACAAAAUAUAUCUUCUUUUUGUUUUCACAAACUGCAUUGUAGGUGGUAAAUAAAUAAACAUAAUUACAUCAAAGAAAUAGGGGCCGAUAAUAUUUCCAUAAAUAUAAAUAUACAAGCACUCCAAUCUAAACAUUACCAAUACGUAUAAGCAUCAGACACACGAGGAAACGAAGCAUAAUAUAUUAUUUUUAUAUUGAGUACUCUUGACAUGCAUACACUAUUAACUAAAUUGGGAAAAAGUUUGGAGCUUUGGUUUAUAAUAGGUUUUCUCCGAUUUGUAAUUUUUUGUUCCGAAUAAUACUAGAUUCGAUUAUCGUUACUUGGCAAAAGUAGCUCAAAAAGUCUAAAUCAUUUUUUGCUAAAAGCAAUUUCAUCAAUUUUAUUUAUAUCAAUCAAUUUGCUUUUACGUAUAAAAUGGCAUUACAUGAAUUACAAUACAACAUUUGAUCAAACAUAUACCAAAACUACUGUUGAUAAAAAUUUAAUAUUUAGAAACAACUAAAGGAAAAUGAAUAAACCAAUACUAAACAUGAGUUUAAA